AUGGAGGGGCAGCGGCCGUGCUCCUUCCCGGUUCUAGUGCGGGGGGACUGGGGCCCCGCCGAGCCGCCGCCCGCGCUCAGGAAGAAGCUGCUCUGCUACUUCCAGAGCCAGAAGCGCUCGGGCGGCGGCGAGUGUGAGCUGCGGACCGGCACCGACACCGGGACCGGUACCGGACACAUCAUCCUCUGCUUCGCCCGCCCCGAGGUGAGGGAGCGGGUGCUGCACCAGCCGGUCCACGAGCUCGUGUGGGGGUCCAGAGGGCGGCUGUCGCUGCAGGUCACCGCGCUGCCCGCGGACGGCGACCCCGCGCAGGUGAGGCCGGCGCAGGUGAGGCGGACGCGGCUCCGGGCGGGCGGGGGAGGCACCACGGUGACCGCUCUCCUCUCGUUCCCGUGCAGGAAGCGGGACCGGCCGCCGAGACCCAGGCGCCAGGAAGUUGAGCAGUCACGCUGA